AUGUCUGAGCAUUGCAAACAGGCGAAUAUCAAGGAAGCAUUGGUGUUAUUCAAUAAGAUGAUAAAAAGUGGUGUUCAACCUGAUAUUCAUUCAUACACCACAUUGAUUGCAGUCUUUUGUAGGGAAAAUAGAAUGAAAGAAAGUGAGAUGUGUUUUGAGGAAGCUGUGAGAAUUGGAGUUAUUCCUACAAACAAAACUUAUACAUCUAUGAUAUGUGGUUAUUUUAGAGAAGGAAAUUUGACCUUGGCAAUGAAGUUAUUCCGUAGGAUGAGUGACCAUGGUUGUGUUCCAGAUUCUAUUACUUAUGGUGCUAUUAUAAGUGGGCUUUGCAAACAGUCAAAGCUCGAUGAGGCUCGGGGUUUGUAUGACUCUAUGAUAAAAAAGGGACUUACCCCAUGUGAAGUUACUAGGGUAACUUUGGCUUAUGAAUAUUGUAACGUAGAUGAUUGUUUAUCUGCUAUGGUUAUUUUAGAAAGGCUGGAAAAGAAACACUGGAUUCAGACGACUAAUACCUUGGUCAGAAAGCUAUGUAGUGUGAAAAAAGUAGGCAUGGUUGCACUGUUCUUUAAUAAGUUACUAGACAUGGAUGUUCAUGUUAAUCGUGUAUCAUUAGUAGCAUUUAUGACUGUAUGCUAUGAAAGCAAUAAUUAUGCUCUUGUUUCGGAUUUGUCUGCAAGGAUACACAAAGAAAAAUGUUUGGAAAUCAAAGCCACAAAAUAA